GUAGCUGCUAGGGCUGCCCCACGCGGCCGCCGCGACAACGAGAUGAUCCUCACGCAAUGCGCCGUCUGCGCCACCGAGCUUGGCUUGACCUUGGGCAAGAAAUGCGGUCGCUGCAGCACGCGCUACUGCGGGGCAGCCUGCCAGGUGCAGCACUGGAAAGAGGGCGGGCACGACCAGCUCUGCAAACCAAUAAAAAAGGCUGGCGGCGCGGAGCAAUACAACGCAAAUAACAAGUACGCGGAGGCUGUAUCGGUCGCGGCGGAGGCGUGCGCGGAGGACACCAAGGGGCAGACGUGCUACAUCUGCACGCAAGCCUUGCAUUGGAAAACGAAGGAAGGCCUCGUGCGCGGGUGCUCUUGCCGCGGGACGGCGGGCUUCGCGCACGUGUCGUGUCUGGCGGAGCAGGCGAAGAUCUUGGUUGCGGAGGCCGAGGAGAACAAUUUGGGCCACAAGGCGUUGAAUGAGAGAUUUGCGCGGUGGCACACGUGCGGUCUGUGCGAGCAACGGCACCACGGCGUCGUGCUGUGCGCUCUCGGGUGGGCCUGCUGGAAGACCUACGUGGGGCGGCCGGAGACAGACGCUCACCGGCUCGUGGCGAUGAGCGUGCUUGGGAACGGUUUAUCCGCAGCAGACUAUAACGAGGAAGCGUUGACUGUGAGAGAGGCCGAGUUGGCUAUGCUGCGGCGCGCUGACGCACCAGAAUAUAACACUCUCUCCGUGAUGAGCAAUCUUGCGAUUGCGUAUGAAGCGCUUGGACGACCCGAGGCCCUGCAAGCGAAACGGGACGUAUACUAUGGAUAUUUGAAGCUCCAAGGUGAUGAACAUCAACAUACCCUCAAUGCAGCCAGCAACUACGCGUGGGGUCUUGUUCAGCUUGAGCGCUUCGAAGAAGCCAAGGCACUGUUUCGCAAAACGAUACCCAUAGCCCGGCGCGUUUUCGGCGAGGGUAAGGAACUCACGCUCAGGAUGAGAUGGCUUUCCGCAGAGGCGCUCUACAAAGCCGACGGCGCCACGCUCGACGAUCUCCGCGAGGCCGUGACGACGCUCGAGGACACCGCACGGAUUGCGCGGCGCGUGCUCGGACCUUCGCACCCGACCACAGAAGACAUUGUGCGCGAUUUGCAACUCGCGCGAGCGGCGCUUGGCGCCCGCGACGUCGAGCCUCUCCGGGAGGCCGUGGGGGCGAUGGACGUGUAA